UCGCUGCACUCGUCCGCUGUCCCUGUCUGCAAUCUGCACAUGUGCUUCUUGUCAAUUCACUAGCAACUCCGAACUUGAACUUAAUUGAUGCGAUUCGGUGGUCUAUUGAAGUUGAGAUUUGUCAAUCAUUUUUUCCUUUCUACUCGCAAAAUGAGUAUUUUUCUUCAAAAUACCAAUCCAAUGACAGGUGUUGUAGGGUGGGAAGAGAAGGAUCCAGAUUAUGAUUACUACCAAGAAAUUGCUCGAUCUGCAUUUGCUGAUAUGUUACAUGAUCAUGAAAGAAAUUACAAGUAUUAUUUGGGCCUCAAAGCUGCUAUUAAUGCUAAACAUGCUGCAGGAGAGAAGGCUCAUGUUCUUGACAUUGGUACUGGAACUGGAUUAUUAUCAAUGAUGGCUGCUAAAUUAGGAGCAGAUAGCAUUGUUGCCUGUGAGGCUUUUAAACCAAUGGCUGAAUGUGCUACAAAAAUCAUGAAAGAAAAUGGUUUCGGUGAAAAAAUUGAAUUAAUUUACAAAAGAUCUACUAAGUUGACAGUAGGAGAAAAUGGAGAUCUUAAACAUCGUGCCAAUAUUUUGGUAACUGAAGUUUUUGAUACAGAGCUGAUAGGUGAAGGAGCACUCUCAACAUUUAAACAUGCUCAAGAAGUCCUCUUAGAUAGUAAUCCUAUUGUGAUUCCAAGCAGUGCAACAGUUUAUGCUCAAGUAAUUGAUAGUUCUUUGGUGAAAGGAUGGAAUAGAGUCAAUUGCAUCAAAGAUAAAAUUUCCUCAAAUGAGUUAUUAAAAGUUCCUAAAUGUACUCAAUCGUGUUCAGGAGCUUCAGCUGUGCAUGACAUACAAUUAUCACAGUUGCCAUAUGGCUCUUUUACCCCUUUGAGUGAAGCAAUACCAAUAUAUCAGUUUGACUGGACAGGAAAAGUUCCUUUAAAAUUUAAUGAAAAUGCUGAAUUUUCUAUAAAACCAAUUAACAAAGGUACAGCUCAUGCAGUUUUUAUUUGGUGGGACAUUGUUAUGGAUAUGCAUGGUGAAGUCUUGUUGAGUUGUGCACCUGUGUGGAAUCACCCAGAUGUACAGGAGAAAUUGAAGAAGCAAAAAAAUUAUGAAAAAUUAGUUGAUGAAAUUCCAUGGAGAGAUCAUUGGAUGCAAGCUGUAUAUUAUCUUCCUAAUGAUUUAAACAUGCACCCAGAAACAGAAGUAUAUCUUACUGCCUCUCAUGAUGAAUAUUCAUUCUGGUUUUCUUUAAAUGAAAACAAAGGGAUCACAAAUACUGGCUUGGACAGACCUGUAUGCGAGUGCUAUGUACAUUUAGCUCUAUCUAGAACACGAAUUGGGCAGUGGAAUAAUGAGAGUAGAAAUCAAAAAUAUUUACAAGCUAUACAGAAUAAAGUUCGACCAGAUGCUACUUGUCUCUGUCUAUCCGAUUCUUCUCUUCUAGGUCUUUCAAUAGCAAAUAUGAAUAUUAAAAAAUUGUAUAUUUUGGAAACAAAACCACUUUCAAAGAGAACAAUAGAAAUGUUUAUAAAUGCAAAUAACUUAGAAGAGAAAGUUUCUGUAAUUGACUCAGUGGACAAGUUACCAGCAUUUAGUGAAUUUGAUUUAAUUUUUGGUGAACCUUAUUUUGUCACUUCGAUUCUACCUUGGGAUAAUUUUUAUUUUUGGUAUCUUAUAUCUAAAGAUUCUAAAAAUAUACCAAGAAUACCAGAAAAAGCAGUUAUAAAAGGAGUAGCAGUUGAAUUUAGAGAUCUUCAUAAAAUUCGUGCUCCUUUGGGAAUUUGUGAAGGAUUUGAUAUGACAAUGUUUGAUGAUUUGGUAAAGUCUUCAAGCGAUAAAACUGACAGUACAGUAGAAGCUCAACCCCUUUGGGAAUAUCCUGGUAAAGCCUUAACUGAAGCAUUUAGUAUUAAUAGUUUUGAUUUUUGUCAAAAUGUAGAAAAAUCCAGUUGUACUGAAUCUCAAACAAUAAUUCGAUUUUCUGAGAGCGGAAGUUGCAAUGGCAUAGCUUUAUGGGUAGAUUGGCAUUUGGAUCAAGACAAUGAAAUUGUAGUUUCAUCUGGUCCAAUUGUAAAAAUUAUUCCUGGUGAACGUUUGUCCUGGGAUCCAUAUACAAGACAAGGAGUUCAUUUGCCUUAUGAAAUUAAAAACGUUUCUUCUGAAAAUUCAUUGCGUAUAAGGCACAAAUUUAAUCCAAAAGAAGGAACAAUGCAUUUCAAUUUUGAAAUUAUAUCUGAUAAAGAUUGCUAAUGAAACAAACUAAAAAA